AAACUUGUUUUAACAAAAUUUGGUCGGUUUUCAAUUCGAAACCGGUUCUUAGCUCGGUACUUAAAAUUCAAUUAGAAUUGCCUUGAAAGAAACGUCGUCGUAUGGAAAUAGGUUCUUUCUUUCUCCUUAACGGCCAAUUGUUUCAUCUUCUAUCUCUAACCUCACUUGCUACAACAUCUUCAAUGGAAGCGAGAAUCAUCCUCCAAAUUCAAAUCCCUUGGAACCCUAAUCGCAAAUUCUCUCGUACUCCUUCAGAUUUCCCGCGCUUUAUCAGAGCUUAUUCUUCUUCUUCUUCAACCUCACAGAAGCCGAGAAGUUACAGAGGUCCGAAACCGAGCAAGAAUUUGGUAGCUGAUUUCAUUUCCAAAAACGAUGACUUGGUUCGGAGCUUACCGAUCUACGUCGGAGGCGCUUCUCUUUUAGCUGUUCUCUUCAAUCGGACUGUUUCCGGUAUCGCUCCUGUUGCCGAUGCUAGCAGCUCUCAGUCUAGAGCAGAUCUAUUGGCGCUUGGCUUGGCUGUCACCAAUUUAUUGACUGGUUUAGUCUGGUUAUCGAUUCGACCUAAGUCCAUAACACCUGUACAACCUGACGGUGUCGAGUGGAAAGUUGUAGAAUCCGGUCUUCCUGCAUCGGUAGUUUCCGAAUUGUUAUGGGCUUGGGAAUCUUUUAAGGUAGCAACGUGUUGUAAGUCUCUAGUUAUUGUCUACAAUGGAAUUUGCCUUAUUCAAAUUGGGAUGGUUGCUGAAUCUCCUGAAGACAAGAAAGCAGUUGUAGUAAACACCGAUAAGCUGAUGCAAGGAUCGGUUUACCGAGGUGUAAUGAAAUCUAAAGCACAGAGUUACUUGGCCAAUCUUUCUCUUUAUCCUGGGAGAUCAGAGUUACCAUUUCUACCUGCAAAUACACAGGCGGUGAUUUUGCAGCCGCUUGGAGAUAAAGGAAUCGCAGUCAUUGGUGGAAAUACGAUUAGAGGCUUCACGUCAGCAGACCAGGCCUGGAUUUCUUCAAUUGGGGAGAAGCUAGAUGCGACAUUGGGGAGAUAUUUUAUUGAUUCUGAUGAGAUUUCCAGAGUAACAGUUUGAAAGCAACCACACCGGAAAAACGGAAAAGGAUGUAAUCAUCUUUCGAAAACACAUUACAAGGAUCGAUCACUAAAGGUAAUUGUUCAUUGUGAUCAUGUGGUUAUAUAAAGUUGAAAUGAAUUCAUUGUGUGAUUAUGUGGUUACAUAAAGUCGAAAUGAAUUGUAAAAAUAGCUUCAGAAAACCAUCAGCUUGGAAUUUAUGCAUUCCAAGGUAAGAAUCUUCUUCACAUGCUUAAUGUUGAAGUGUUGUGUUAGGUAAAAUGAGCUUUCAGAUUUUUCAGUUCUGUCGACAGGCGUUUCGUUUGGGGUUUCCAUUUUGUGUUAUGCUGCGAGAGACCAGCAAAUCAGUGGAGAUUACGCUGAAGGAUGUUUCUAGACCACGUACUCGUCUCUCCAGAGAUUGCAUACCGUUCUGCGAGCUCUCCAUAAACUUCUGCAAUAUUAAGUCCAAGAAAACAUUCAAAAGUCAGCACAACACUGUUGGAUGUUUAAAAGUUAAAUAAUAAUCAGUGAGUUUUAGAGAAAAAGGUAACCUGAAAGAGAUCUAACAGACUGGACUGUUGUUUUUCGAUCUGAGUGAUCUGGUUUCUUAUCAGAGACAACUCUUCUGCAUUAUUCUUUGCCUGAGAACUGCUACUACCACUUUCAGUUUUA